CUAUAUAAGGGAUUUUUUUUGUGCUCGGUCCCUAAAUAAUGUCUAGGGUUUUCCUAAAAUUCCCCAAUUUUUCCUCUGCUUCAUCCUCUUCUUCAAAAUUGUACAAGAUUAAAAAUUUCUUCUGAUUCUCCUUCCCUGGCUCCUAAAGUUCCGAUUUUUAGGACUUAAGGUACAGCUAUAGGUCAGAUUCUUAUUUCAGAUUUCCAUUUUCUGUCUCAUAAAAGUUCCAAUUUUUAAGAUUUAAAGUUCAGAUCCAUCUUUAUUUCACCCUUGUAAGUCUUCAUCCUCAGGCUCAAUAGGGGCCGAUUUUUAAGGUUCAGAUCAAAUUGUUAUUUCACUCUUUGUGUAAGUCAUGGAGAUAUAUACUUCGAAAGAGAUGAGAGGUUUAAGGAAGAACAAGAUGAGGAUGUCAAUGCAGAAGAAGGUGACAAGAGUGAAUGAUGGUGAUGCUGCUGAUACAUAUCUUCCUAAGCAGAAGAAAGUGAGAAAAUUGAAAGAGAUAAAUGAGGGUGAUGCUGCUGAAUAUCUUCCUGAUCAGAAGAAAUUGAAAGGGACGAAUGAUGCUGCUGCUGCUGAAUAUCUUCCUGAACAGAAGAAGGUGAGAAGAGUGGAAGAGAUGAAUGAUGGUGAUGCUGCUCUAUUUUUUCCUGAGAAGAAGAAACUGAGAAUAGUGGAAUAGAUGAAUGAUGCUGCUGAUACAUAUCUUCCUGAGGAUUUAGUAAUCGAAAAUAUUCUCACCAGAUUACCAAUUCGGAUUCUAGAUGCUCAAUACAGCCGCGUCAGUAAGUUAUGGUGCAAUUCAAUUUCAAUUAACGCGCGAUUUGCUAAAACUCACUUCCUUCAUAACAACAGUCAUAAGUUGAAUCUAGUCUUCAAUUUACUUAAUGUAUGGUUUGCCCAAGGAGGAGCUAGUUUCUUUAGUUUAGAUGAUCAUUAUAAAUUUAGACUACUAUUCGACUUAGAAUCUGACAACAAAAUUGAACCAGUAGGUUACUGUAAUGGGUUCGCUUGUAUUACAAAAAUGCGUAAAAAUGCGUAUGGUCCUAAUUUAAUGACUGUCAUUAACCCUAUUAGGGAGGAAACCCUUUCACUCCCUUACUAUUAUUAUCCUACUGACGAUGGGGAAUGCGAGUACUUGUGUCAUGGUUUUGGUUUUGAUUCAUCAACAGACGAAUACAAGGUUGUCAUCAUUUUUACUUCCAAAGGCAAUGAGGAGUUGAUAAGCAUGGCCUUUACUCUGGGUACCAAUUUAUGGAGAAAGAGUGUUACAAGUGUUGCUCAAAUCUUUCCAGCACAAGGUUGUUCUGCUUAUCUUAGUCGUCAAUUGGUAACAAGAGCAGCCACACUUUGCGGAGGUGAUCUUUUCUGGAGGAUAACUAAUAGUGCAGUAGAAGAAGAGACAGCAAUCACUUAUAAACAUUCUCAUCAACUUCAUGAUAAUAAGAAGUUUGGCAUGUUGCUCUCGUUCGAUAUUCACAAGGAGAAGAUUCAAUUCAUUCGACUCCCGACUGAAUUUAAUCUUACCCCGAUGCCGAAUGUAGUAAUUCAACAUCAUCCUCUGGAGCAUAAAGGAUAUCCUUGUGUUGCACAGUCCGAAAAGACAAUGACAAACAUUACACAUUGUAGCUGUUGUUGCCAUAAUGAGCAGAGUAGGAUUUGUUGCUGCUGCGGUCGUUUCACAGUUCAACUGUAUGUAUUGAAGGACAAGGAAAAGCAAGUGUGGAUCAAGGGGGAGACUUUGGGUUUUCAAGUUAGGGAGCUUGGUUCACUGCCAGCUCCCUUUUGUUGUUACUUUGAGACCACUACUGCUUCUACUGCUAGCUUUCCAAUGCGCAUUCUGAGCGUCUCUGAUCAGGUAUUAUUGUAUUGGUUUGAUGGAAAAUGUCUUAAACUUUACAAUUUGCAGACGAAACAUCUCGAGGUGGUAGGGGCCCAUUCCUCCUGCAAUAAUCAAAGUGAUCUAAUUUUCAAGAUUAAGAUGAGCGAAUCCCCUCCAGUUCAGGGCGUUGAUGAUGAUAAUAAGAUGUAUUGCCCGUACCUGGAUUAUCAGCUGCACGCUCGAGCUGAAAACAUCCUGUCUCUGAAAGCUUUCAUUUCUGCAGGAGAUACUACUAGGUACAACGCUCAUCUGCAGCAGGAUGGGUGAAUACUGUAAGAGAAUCAAGUAAACUUUUAUGCUUUCUUUGAGGUUGUUUUGUAAUAUUAUCUAAUUUCAGUUAUGGUUGUCAAUUUACUGACUCAAAUAUUAAGGUUUCUGGGGUUUGGUUUUAUUUAUUUCUUGAAGGUUUUUUGAUCUAUUUUACAAAUUUACUGUUAGUAGCCUUAUUGUUAGGGAGAGUCAGUACUCUGAUGUAUCAAAAUAAGUGGUACAUACCAGAAAUUUUAGCUGUUCAUUUAAACUCUAGUAAUUUACCAAUAGUGGGUGGUGUGGGAGUAUUGAAAGGAAGUUUUCGACUAGGACUGCAGUGGAAAAGGUCAGGAAUCGAGAACCAAUUCUGGGUUGGGCACCCAAAGUUUGGAAACAAUUUAUGCGUCCUGGUUUGGCAAGUAACAUAUGGAAACUACUCCAAGGUGUAUAUGCAAGGGGGGUGUUGCAUUAGCAUCCAGAUGCUAGCUAUGUUUGUGGGCAGGAUCUAGACACACUGCUGCAUUUAUUCUGCAACUUUACUGAGCUUGUGUGGAGUUGGCUAGGAAGUGUGUUUGGUUUUUGAAACCCAAAACCUUUUGAGCAUGUUUACAGAGAGGUUAAUUUCUCUGCGGAUCCUUUAGCAAAAGCUGGAUCAAGACUUGGAGCAGCGGAUACAGUUGUGAAUAUGGGAAGGCCUGCAGCUCUGGUUCAAUGGGAAAUGCCUGACAGAUUUGGUAUUCAUUCCCGGUAUUUGGAUCUUCUCCGUCUUUUCGGAUGUGCUCGAUCACCUUCAGAGAUAGACUACUUGUUCCUGGGUGACAAAGAAUUCCCAUUUGUUGUGGGACAUUUACACAUGGUUCGAAGGCAGAAUUUAAUGAAACUGCGUCUUUCUCUCAUAUGUCAAGACCAGUUACAUUUAGCAAGACUAGCAAGUUCGAAAUCAACCCGAGGAAAGGGGAGGUGUGGGCGUUAUACAAGAACUUCAAUCCUAAAUUAUCGCAUUCUGAUCUGGAUAAAUGUGAAUACGAGAUUGUCGAAGUCCGCGAAGUGAAACCUCAGCUGAUACAAGUGUUGGUUCUGGAGCAAAACUGCGAGACUGUUCAUUUUGGAACUGUUUUCAAGAGUAAAAGAAAUGGGCAGGAAAUCACUAUGGAGAUAGCAGCAGUUGAUCUACUUAGAUUCUCUUACCAAAGUCCUGCUUUCCAGCUUAUGAUUAAAGUACAUGAAAUGAUGAAAAGCUACAGGGAUGUUGGGAGCUUGAUCCCAAAGCAUUGCCAGAGUCUUACAUUUUGGACAGGACAGCAAGUGGAAGUGGCAAUAAUAAUGAAUAAAAAGGUUUUCUCUCGCAUGAUUUGACUCUUGGGUACUUCUCUUAAGGAGUUGGUUUCGUCCUCUUGUUUUGUGGAGCUUCUACAAGUUUGCAUUUUGCCACUGUGGAGUAAGUGCUAUGGAUUUUUCUGGAUUGAAAUGGAAUGCCUGUCCAUUUGACUGAAACUUGUGAUGUUCAAGGAUAUUUUUGUAUAUAUCAUAGACCCCUUGCAUCAAUUUUUUUUGGAUAUCUUGUUUUAUGUAGAAUCUCACAUGAACUUGAGCAUGAAAUGGAAUUACUCUCUUUUUGUUUAA